UCCUCUCUCAUUUUCUUGGACAUCCACUGUCCUUCCACUCUCUUUUUUUUGUGUAUGUUGUCAAAGGAAAAAAUAUGAUCACGGUAGAAAUAAUUUUCUCUGCAAGCUUUGAAAAUCCAUCAAUUUUAUUUGAGUCAGAAACUCAAUAUAGUGAGCCAAAUCCCACAGGCAUCUAGCUAGGGAGUUCACUCAUUCUCAGGAUUCCAAUAGAUAAUGGAUUCAUUUGACAUCAAAGCCGAGAAGGCCAACGCAAUCAAGAAGCACCGACAACGUCAGAAGAUUGGGAGUUUUUUCAAGCUACUCGAGGUGUGCCUUGUUCUGAUUCUGAUUUCCAAGUUCACAGUUCACCUUCCUAUCUCUGUCAAGUUUUCUAGAGACUACUUCAAGGACUUGUCUCUGGCUCUUGUUAGUCCUCGCGUCGUGUUUGUUCUCGGAAAUGUCAUCGUCCUCACUCUCUUCGCUAAAUCUAGUAAGUUUUCUGCUCAAGAUUCUGCUAAAAGUAGUUCAAAAACAGACUUCCAUGAAGAGUUCUUGGAGAGGAGUGAUCGAAGUCAGGGUAUAUACAGAGACGAGAACAGAGGAAAACAGAGCACCCUUAAAGAGGAGAAUGUUGUUGUAAUUGAAGAUGCACACAAUUGUACCAAGCAAUAUAGAAGAAGCCAAUCUGAGAAAUCAACUACUGCGGAUCGAGAUAAUUCAUACAAGGAAUUAAGACGGACAGUGACUGAAAAAGGCGACGGAUCCACGAAGAAUUCAUACCCAGAAGAUGGCAUGAGCAAUGAAGAAUUCAGACAAACAAUUGAGGCUUUCAUUGCUAGAAAACAGAGGUUUAUAAGGGAAGAAGAGCAUUAUGUGCUUUAGACCAACUUGGGUUUCAUAACUUACACCCCUUUUUAUGCAUGUUUGUUUACAUUGCUAUGUCAUAAUUGCAAUGUAUAUGUCCUCUUUGGUUUAGAUUUUUCUCUUGAUUACACAUGAAAAAAUUGUCACUACUUGAUCCCACUUUUGUGCCAAGUUU